GCAAUAACCUUUACGGGUGGGCUAUGAGUCAGCCCAUGCCGUACGGUGGCUUCCGGUGGUAUAAAGGAGCAGACCCUCUGGCUGACCUCCAAUCGUUGUCGGACACUGGUAAUACGGGGCGUAUAUAUGAAGUGGACGUAUCGUAUCCACAAGAGCUGCAUGACGAGCACAACGACUUGCCGUUCUUGCCUGUCAACGAUGUACCGCCGGGUUCCAAAGAGACCAAACUCAUGGCCACUUUGAAACCCAAACAGCGGUACGUCGUACAUUACGUUAAUCUUAAACAGGCGAUCGCACACGGACUGCAAGUCGAUAAAGUGCAACGCGUUUUAGAGUUUCAACAAAGUGCUUGGUGGAAACCAUAUAUUGAGUUGAACACUGAAAUGCGGAAAAAGGCGUCAAAUGCUUUUGAAAUAGCAUUUUUCAAACUAAUGAAUAAU